AUGGAGACAGGCAAACGGUCUUCGUUUGACGAGAUAAGCAUCGCGGCUCUGCGAAGAUUUACUCGCACGCCUACAAGCCAUCGAUUGAGCCUCAGGCGCUCGACAUCGGGCUCGACAUCUUCAGCGUCCAUCAAGUCCUUUGAGUCUGACAAGCAACCGCCAUGUGUUUAUGAAACGACGCGUGACACUCCGUCUGAUGAAUGUGCCCUGCAUAGAUUCAUUGUCUGGGCCGCGGUUAAACGAAAUGUCUGCCCCAAGAUGACCGCUGAGGAGCGAAGGGAAUGCCCUCUGCUUCGCUGUCGAAAGCGUUUUCCCAACCAUGAGCUUUUGCUUCAGCACCUCUAUAGCUGUGAGCACCUUGAAUCUGGAGAGUAUUGGUGCUAUGACUGUGGCAAGGUCGAGACGUUCCAUGAGAUGAAUAAGUGCCGACGCUGUCUCGGUCACCCUUCGAAGCGAAAGAAGCUCAUGUCCUUGGCUAAGUCGGUAUUCUCGAACUUGGGACGACCUAAAACUGCCUCCCUGCCUCCCCUGGAACUUGAAAUCGAGGAGAGUCCACCCAGUUACGACUACUCGGUUCAUGGGCAAGCUGUCCAACAGUUUGAGCUACAGUCUAAUGAGAUACACGAGAUUGAUUCAAGUGAGGUUACUCUUGCUACGAUUCCUGAGGACCGGGAGGUUCUCGAACAUGAUUUUCUGAGCCGAUCAUCCUCCACAUCCUCCACAUAUACGCGCCCACUAUCAGUCUGCUCACGACAGUCGAUGGGCGGCAGCCAAGAGCCUGUGAACUACGAAUCAUACAUCAAAUGGUCUCCCUCUCCGCCGGUGAAGACUAUCUCACCAGCCGAUCUUGUUAAGCCGACACCGGUGAACCCCACUGUCAAACCAGCACUGCAACUCAAUACAACAACUGCCCUGGAUUUUUAUCGAGCUCGGUCGAGACGUCGGAGUAAAAACUUGCAGCCCAGCUCAUCAGUACGGUCUACAAGCAGCACAACUAGCACGAACAGCACAUCGAGUACGGCAAGCUGCACCAUUUCCCCCAUGUCAGCAUGGUCUGACGCUUGGGCAAAUGGUACUGGGUUUGAAUCGACCUUGACCUCUCCGGCAGAUGAUGUGCCAAACCCAGACGAUGUGUUCCCCUGUUCUCAGCCUCUGCCACCACACCCAGAAGUCGACGAAAUGGACCUAGCAUUUCCACAGUUUGGGGACGGCCCCGGCGGCAUGGUUGGUUUGUCAGAGCUCCCUGCUGACGUUCCUACCUAUCUCUGCCCUGGGCCAGCCGAUCAGCCAAAUAUCUUCUCUGCCACAACUGUUGAAAUUAUCCCCUCUCCAACACAGACUUUGCGACCGCGGGACCCAUCAAAUACGACUGAGCAAUCACACCAACUCAUGGAAGAGCUCAAAAGCCGUGACUCGCAGCAGGCUAGUCCCUAUACUUUGAUGUAUUCAGCACGCGAUACUCUCGAUCUCCAUGUAUCUGCGUCUCUGGAGAAGCUAGAACAACUAAGCCGGAGCGGCAAUAAUCACGUAGCUGCGCAGUUUUGCAACAUGAAAGCCAACUCAGUUUCAUUGACUGGAUUCGAAACGAUGUCUGAACUUCUUCAAGGUAAACAAGUGCAAUCGCCAGGGCAGCUACUGAGCUUCUUACACGUCGUAUAUUCUCUUUCUCUCGUCAUACAUGAGCAAGAUGCCACCAACUGGUGGGCAGAGUUGUUCACGCAGGCUGUAUCUUACUCCUCUGGAAUGUCUCAAGAAGACAGACAUGCAUACUUACAAGUCGUGGACUUCCUGUGGAAGCCUGGUGAUCUUACUGAUGAAGAGUUUAUGGAAAUUCUACAACAAUGUUUAUCCCAGCCGUCCACAAGUGCCUGGAAAGGGAAACAGCCUGCUGGGAGUAUAGGCUCCAACGACCCAUUACUCUUUAUUUCGCAAUACUUUUUAGACGAGUUAGAAUAUGCAGCCUUGCACAAUACGACGAAGCCCGAAAUUCAGACGUCCAACCUUUGCACACAACAUUUGAAAGAUACUAGUCUGGUCAUGGUUCCAAACUCCUCAUUUGGCGAAGCUGCCAAUUAUCUAAUUCUCUCUUUGUCUCAUCAAUAUCACAAUGUUGGUGGUUUUGUCACCCGUAUGAAAAUUCUCCUCGAUAAGGUCAUCUCCAAUCACAUCUCUACAGUCCGUCGCCUUGAGCUUGAGUUGUUGCAAUCUGGAAAGAUGCAAUUGCCAUCAGAAGUAUAUUUUGAGGCUUAUGUUCAGCAAGUUCGAACCCAGAUCGACUCACUUCAGAAUCGAGUUGGCCUUCAAUACCCACUUAGGCUACAAUACUACAAGCUUGGCAUUGAGUUAGCCGCGAGGAUCAUGCAUGGCCAUGAUGGGCUUGCCCUCGGCGGAACCAUUGACGAACCAGGCCCGGCAGCAUCAGGUCUUGAUAUAUCAGAGCUGCACGUACCGAUGUCGAUUGACUUUUCUUUUGACAACUUUGUUCCCUUUGAAGCGGGGUUACCUGCAGUUGAGGAGCCCUUGGAGACUGCACGGAGCACUACAUCAACGGAACAGGAACAGCAUCACUGGCCGCCUGCUACUCCCGGAGCAUCGACCACUAUCUCACCAGCCAAACAGGCCACGCCUCUCACACCCCCGAAGUCGGAGGAGACGAUGGUGUCAUCCAAGAUGAAUUCGGAAAUGUGUUGUGAUAUUUGUGGCUACAGACCGAAAGGAGACCCUAAAUGGUUCCACGGUAGCAUGGCCAAGCAUAAGAAGCUACAGCAUGGCACUAGUCCGCCCAAAAUCUAUCAAUGCCCCUUCCCCGGCUGCAAUAGCCAGUAUAAGAAGCGCCCGGACAAUUUGCGGCAACAUCAGAUCGAGAAGGGGCAUUUUGUGGAUGGUCAGGACGAGUUUAGCAAGGGCCGCAAGAGGAGAAAGCUGGAGUAG